UAGCAUUGUGUUUGUUGUAGAACAACAACUCGGAGGCGACACAUACGUCUCCGUGUACGCUGAUGUUGUUCUAUCCCUUGAAAUCCAGCAGGAUGUCAACAAUGGCAGACGAUAGGGACAGAGCCGCUUAUAUGAAAUUGGAAGCCCUGAAGGACAUUAGAGCCAAAGUAGUGGCUGUGGAGAGGAUACGAGCCAGGUUAGCACAAGAAGUGGAGAUGGUGCAAGCAGAGGAAGCAAGCUUAGCUGAAUAUCGAGCUGAAAUGGAGUUAUUAUUACAAGAGAAAAUGGCUCAUGUAGAAGAGCUACGACAAAUUCAUGCUGAUAUUAAUGCGAUGGAGAGUAUUAUAAAGUCUGCUGAAGAAUUACGCAACAAGAGUUUGGACCAUGCCCGCCGUCUUUAUGAUGAGUACCACCCGCUCAAGCAAGAUGUUAGUCGCAUGGCUCAGCAGCAGUUAGGUCAUGAUCUGAGUCUUCCAAAUUUAAAUGCUGAAGAUGAUCCAGUACCCUCAGAUUUUUUUGAGAAAGCAGGAGUUGAGUGGAGCAUGGAGCAUGAUGACCUUCGUGGUGGUGGUCUAAAUCUGUCAUCCCUUGGGGCUCUGGGAGCUCCUCCAUCUUUCCUGUCUCCACAAGCACCUCCCUUAGCACCCUUAAGAGCUGCUCCACAUAAGGCUGAACAAAGACCUCUUCCACCUCCUCCUGGACCUCCAACACCAGCAUUUAGACAACAGCCACCUCCUAUGAAAUCUUGUUUGAGCUGCCAUCAACAGAUUCAUCGUAAUGCACCUAUAUGUCCUCUGUGUAAGGCAAAGUCCCGAUCGCGCAAUCCCAAGAAACCCAAAAAGAAGGAGUAAUUAAAUCCAUUUAUGAGAUGCUCUUGGAGCCACCAUGUGUAGAGGCAAGAGAUCUUUUUCAUGCCCAAAGCAUUAGUUAAUAAAAACUGCGUCAGUUCUUUGAUUUGCUGUUCUGUCCAAGUGAACUUGCCUAGCUGUCAAUUAAGACUGUGUUCAUGGUGUAAUCUGAGGAUGUGCUUCUCCAGUUGAGUAAAUAAGCUUGUUCACAUGGAGAUGAGGGAAGUAAAUGGGGCUAAGUGAAUGUCCCUAGGUAAAAAAAGGCCACACAUACUGUAUUAUAUACAGUUAGUUAUCUACAGUACUUUGAAACUUGUUUUAAACACAUGUACAAAUAGAAAUUGAUGAAAUAAUACAGGCAGCUAUCUUUAUAUGGGAGGGUAAUAUCUAUUUAUUGUUUCAUCAAUUUGGUAAGAUUUUGAAGCAAUGCAUUGACAAUUAGAAGUUAAGACUAUCAGUGUUUUGAAAUAUCUAAAUUAUCUACCAAGUGAUGAGUCAGAGGCUGAUUUGUUGUUUCUUAUUAAUCUGAAAUAAUGUAAUGGUUGCAUAUUAUUAUGAUUAUCAUUUAGAGGAAUUCUUUUUCUCAGUGCAUUGUAAGGAUAAGUUUUGCUACAACUAAGACUGAAUUUCGUAUUUAUUUUUCUGAAAUUUGUUGCAAGUAGAAUUAUUUUGCAAAAUGAUGUUACUUGAGUAAGUUAGCUAUGUUGAGCUGCUCAUGCAACAGAUACUUUUUUACUGAUUUGUAAUAUUAUAAGGAAGCAUUCAUUCUUUUUAUUUAUUUCUUUGAAUUUUUGUAUGCCAAGUUAUUAAAUAGUAAUAAUGUUUACAUCAACUCAGUUUGAUUGCUUAAAAGAUAUUUUAAAGUUAAUUUCAAAAUUUUAAAAUUAAUUUAAAAGUUUAGGCAGUUAACAUAUUUUACGCGUAAUUCAAUUCCACAUAUUACAUUAAACCUGAUUUACUAAUACUAUCAGGUUGAAAUGUAACUGGAGUUUUAACAUUUUUUUGUGUGAUGAUGAUGUAUUCCUAAACACCUACCAGCAGAGGCCAAAAGUAUGUGUGUUUGUGUGUGUGUGUCUGUGAGUAUAGCAAGCAAUGAACUAUUGCGUUUGCACCUGUCUCUCUGAGGUCAUCACAUGGCUGCUUUUUUUAUACUGUAUUUGCUAAGAUACUCUGUCUCUGUUUUUGGAUAAAUGACUAGGUUUACCUAAGAUCUGAGCAUGCUGGCAUGUAUGAAGUGUCCUACUCUACUGCAUUAAUUUCAUGUCUUUUGUUAAUCACAGUUCCUCCUGUACAUGUAGGUGGUAGGUCUUAAGGACAUCAGUAAAUGAGCAGUUGACCAGGAGUUGCAAUUUCUCUUUACAGUUGAAGGUUUACAUUCAUAUUUGAUAUUGGCAUGUGUGCCCAAACACCAUAAUUUCUCUGAAGAAUUCAUAUUUUAUGUAUGAAAUGGCAUUCAUUUAAGAGAUGAGCAGCUGUGUCAAAUGGUUUAGAGUAUCAAGAAGUAGAAUUGAGAUGGGAUGAAGGGUUGGUGUGGGCACCUAGGACUAAGGAAUUUAUAUUUUCAAUGUUCAUUAAUUUAAGAUGUGCGUAGAUGCGAAUAUAGUACAGUAAUAUGAUUAUGAGAUUUUCUCAACAUCAGGUUCUCAGAUUUUAAUUAUUCACUGUAUUUUCAGGUGUUUUCUACUUGUAGAUGUAGUACAGGUAAUGUACAAUUUAUAAAUAUAAGAUUGAUUUUUUAACUGUGUUUUUAUUUGGAAAAUUGUCAUUUCUUAGGAAGAUAGAACAUAAACAUGUAAAUUUGCUCCUAAGUUGUAUUAAGCUUGUAUGUAGAUUUUUUUUUUUUUAUACUUUUACACUUUGUAUUACUGUAGUAUUAUUUUUAUGGUUUGAAAGUGUGUAGUAUACAAGUGGCAUUAGUAUUAUUGGUCAAGUCUGCUCAAGUUUCACCAUAGUGCAAAUAGAUAGCAGUUGUCAACCUUGCUUUAUAAGAAGAUCAGCUUUGUACAUUAGU